UAUAUGUCUUCAAGUGUAUACAGCUUUUUUAUAUGACUGAACUAAACCCUUAGUCCUAGCUUCUGUCACUGAUGAGGUUGUGCAUUUGUAAAUAUAGAAAUACUGGAUAGAUUUCUAUUACAGAUAAAGAAGUUAUGAGCAGUCUUGAUGAAAAUGAGAUGAGUAACUAGUAAGACUAGUCUGAGCUGUCAGGGUCAGACCCCUGUGGUGUCCUUUAUUAAGACAUGUUUAAACCUGUAACAUCUUGUUUCCGUGUGUCCAGUUCCAGACUCAAUAUGUUUGAGGUGUCUGAACUGAAAACCAUAUCACUGAUGGCAUUCACAAAUCUUGCAUCUCCAUAUUUUGUCAAUUUGAUUUUUUCUUGUCAUAAAAACUCAUAGUGUAGACGUGGUGUGACUAAAAGAUUUCAUUAGAUGAUUUCUUGUGACUGCAGAGCUUCUGCAAAAGAAAGAAAAAACGCUUAACUUUGACUUUAAGACAAGACACAGAGUUUAAACAAGAAGAACUUGUAAUGUCAUUUAAUCAUUUGUAAAAAUAAUAUUGUGUUAGUUAUUAAAACACAUUUUGUAUUAAGUUUAUGUGUAAUCAUAACAUACACAUGUAACAAUGACCGGUAGUAGCAGGAUGGCCGCGUGUUAUCAGUUUUGUGCGUUGGUUAUCAGGGAAUAACACAUCUUGGAGGUUUGAGAUCAGAAUCAAGAGAGCCAUGUCAAAACUCAAUAUCAGUAAUAUUUCUAUUCAAAGAUACUGUAUGUGUGUAAAAGCUCAUUUAAAAGAGUUGAAUCAUGUGUGUGUAGAGGUGUUUCAGUGUGUGUGUGUAUUUAUAUUAUUCAGAUAAUGUGUUUCACUUCUCUGUGCUUUAAGGAAGUGAUGUGGAGUACUGAGAAAAGUCUGUCUACCUCAUGAGAGCAUGUUAUUUAUAUCUUGUGUGUUUGUGACGGCAGGAAAUAUUAGUUUACACCGCCAAACUUCAGUCAUUAUUUGUAAUCAUCCAGUGAGAUUUCAGCAUGACAACAGACAUUCAAAAAUAAUGUCACGAAUCGAUUUGAUUUAUCAGUCUAAAGACUUUCAGCUGAGCUCAGAGUCAACAUUUGACAUCAACCUCACAGUUUACACACAAUAACUAAUGACACAGAAAGAUACAGUUUUCAUCAAUCAUUAGAAUAAGUAUAACAGUUAUUUCUGGAUUAAUAAAAGCUCUUUCUCUUUGUCAUUAGUGCAUCAUCAGCUCUAUAUUGCGAUAGAUUUGAACAGCGUGGCGUGCAUUCAUCUCUCUUAAUCUUGAUGUUCUAGUGUAAACAGAGGUUUAUAUUGUCAGCAGCAGCAGGAGGAGGUGAAAGAUGCAGACGCUUGUUUUCUUCUUCCUCAUGUUAACACAAACACAUGCAGAUCAUCCUGCACUUCAAACUCGACUCACACACAAGAGCCUCACACACGGGUCUCAGAUGAUGUCUGUGUGGAUCCAGCAGAAACUGAAGAGCACUGAACUUCCAGAGGUUCACCGUAAUGUGGACAUCGGAAUCGGCACUAUUGACUACACCCUCUCAAAUAUGCAGAUUGUGCAGAGCAGUAUUGCAGAUUUCACACUAGCGUUUGUGCAGGGAACAGGUGUAUCCGUCAAGAUUUCUCACCUCUCAUUGGCUGUCACCGGCAGCUGGGCCACACACUUCGGCGUCAUUCAUGACAGCGGUUCAUUUGAUCUCUUGGUGAACAGUAUUAAUGUCAACACACUGCUUGAGUUCAGUGAUGAUGAAUCUGCUCGUGUCUUCAUCUCCAUCAUCUCCUGCACUGCUGAUGUCACAGGUGUGGUUGUCAACUUUCACGGAGGAGCAAGUUUUAUCUUUCAGCCGUUUGUCAGUAAGUUUAGAGGACUGAUUGCAGAUAUGAUACGUCAGCAGAUUUGUCCAGCAGUAAAUCAAGUGAUUGAUGAUGUAGAGAAGCACCUUCAGCAGAUCUCUGUGAACGUAGCUGUGAAUCAGUUUAUCUAUCUGAGUAUUCCUCUGAUGUCUUCUCCCAUCGUGACAGAGAACAGCUUUCAGUUAGACAUGAAGGGUGAAUUCUACAGCAUCAGUUCUCCGUCUGAACCGCCGUUCUCUCCUGAAGUGUUUGACCUGCCGUCCACAGAAGACUACAUGAUGUCUGUGGGUCUGUCAGAGUUCUUCAUGAAUUCAGCCAUGUAUUCAUACUUCAGCGCUGAACUGCUUCACAUCCACAUCACAGAUGACAUGAUACCCAAGAGUUCACCCAUCCAUCUGAACACCAGUCAGUUCAGCAUCUUCAUCCCACAGCUGUCUACAUUAUAUCCAGACAUGAAGAUGCAGGUGAUGUUAUACGCCAGUGAGACGCCCAUGUUCUCCUUCAGUCCAGGAGAGAUGAGUCUUCAUGUUCCCGCUUCAGCAAAGUUCUCUGCUGUUCAACAGAACGGAACUCUGACCCCUCUCUUCAGACUGGACGUGAACGGAUUCUUCAGUGGAAACGCUCAGAUUCAAAAUCAACAUCUGACCGCUGCUUUCAAAAUGAACAAUUUAACUCUGACUCUCGGAUCUUCUGAGAUCGGUGAUUUCAAGACAGAAGCACUUGAACGAGUGGUAAAGAUGGUUGUGAACAUGUUUGUUCUUCCAAAGUUGAAUGAGCACCUGAAGACGGGCGUUGAGUUACCUGUACCGCAGGGCUUCAGUCUGAGUGAAACCAACAUCAUCCUGAAGAACGGAUUUCUGCUCAUUCUGACAGAUGUCGAAGUCACCUCAAGCCAUCUCUGAGAUGCAAACGCUGCAUGAUAUAUUUGUUUGACAUGUUCAGUUUCUGUUCACUGACAUCAUGUGCACAUGUGGAUCUCAACAGUUUUCUUCAGUUAUGUUCUUCAUUAUUCUAGGUAAACUCAUUUGUUAUCAAAGCAAUUGUACAUUCAUGUCUGAGGAACAGACAACAUUGACACCUGCAGCAGAAAACACUGCGAUUAAACUAUAAACAACACAAAUUGAACCACUAAAAAAGUCUCUUUUCAGUGAGAUAGAUGUUGUGAUCAGUCAAGUAAAAGAACAUAUGAAGCAUUUCUGGCUGAGAAACUUGUUUCAUGUUUGUGUUUUAUGGUUUUGAAAUUUGUUUUAACAAUAAAAACAUUUCUUUUGGA